GUCACGCGAGACGCGACGCUCGUUUGUUUAUCAUCAACCCAACUCGCAACAAAAUCUCAUCGUGUUCAGACAUUUUUAAAAAAGUUUCAAGCAACCAAAACACAACUUUGCGUGUUAUUAACGCGAUUUAGUAACAUUUCUGUUCAAAUAAGCGUUCUGACCCGCGGUAGUUCGUAUGUGAUUGGUUUCCGCGUGUUGUGCCACAUUGAAGUUAAAUCCAGAUUAGCAACCGAACUGCUGACAGGGUUGUUUGGUGAGCGUGAGCGGUCAGCAUGUCGUCUUUCUCCGAGUCUGCGCUGGAGAAGAAGCUGUCUGAACUCAGUAACUCCCAGCAGAGUGUCCAGACUCUGUCUCUGUGGAUCAUUCACCACCGCAAACAUGCAGCACUCAUCGUCCGCGUCUGGCACAGAGAGCUGAAGAAGGCUAAAAGCAGCAGGAAGUUGACAUUCUUGUAUCUGGCCAAUGACGUGAUCCAGAACAGUAAGAAAAAGGGUCCAGAGUUUGCAAAAGACUUCGAAGGUGUCCUGAUCGAUGCCUGUUCACACGUGGCCAGAGAUGGAGACGAUGGCUGUAAAAAACAGAUGGAAAGAUUGUUGACUAUCUGGCAGGAGAGAAACCUUUAUCGUCCAGACUUCAUCCAGCAGCUCAAACUGACCAUCGAAGACUCCGAAAGUCCCAAACACAAAACCACAAGUCAGAAAAACGCAGAUGACAGAAAAAACUUAAAGCGGAGCUACCAGAAGGUCCAGGAGGAAGAAGAGGAGGAAGAUGAUGAUUACAGAGGUCAUUAUUCUCCCCGUGAGACGGACGCAGCUGCUCCACAGCUGACGGAGGACCUGGUGAAAGCGCUUCAGGAUCUAGAAAACGCUGCUUCUGGAGACGCCGCCGUCAGACAGAAGAUCGCAUCUCUUCCACAGGAGGUGCAGGACGUCUCUCUGCUGGAGAAGAUAACAGCAGAUAAACAGGCAGCAGAUAAGCUGUCAAAGACAGUGGACGAGGCCUGUCUGCUGCUGGCUGAAUAUAAUGGACGUCUGGCCGCGGAGCUGGAGGACCGCAGACAACUGGCCCGAAUGCUGACCGAAUACAUCCAGAGCCAGAAAGACGCGCUCAACGAAAGAGAAAAGAAGCUAGAGGAAUACAAGCAGAAACUGGCUCGUGUCACACAAGUGAGGAAGGAGCUGAAAUCGCACAUCCAGAGUCUUCCGGAUCUUUCUCUGCUCCCGAAUGUGACGGGCGGCCUGGCUCCGCUGCCGUCUGCCGGAGAUCUGUUUUCCACCGACUGAACAUUUCAUUUCUGAGACUCACAGACACUGGCAGAGCAGAGCAAAGCGGAUUAAUAAUAACAAUAACAAGCGUGUGGAGAUUUCAAAACUUCGCUGGUCCACCCAUCACUAAAUCCGACGCUGAGAUUUUGUUUUGCCGUGACUUUGCUGUGGAAAGCGACUCUCUUUUGCUUUGUCUGAUACCUGUAGGUUUUUAGUUUUUACUGCUCGGAUAAGAAUUUGGCUUCAUUUUGGUUUUGGGAGGAGACUAAAGAUGAGGAUUCAGUUUUAAACCCCCAUCACUGCUGUAGGCUGAUAUCUGGAGAAAUCAAUUAGGAAAACUGUGAUUUAUAUUUUGGUUACAAACUCGGAGGCGUUUGAUUAUUUUGCUGAUGAAACGCAACAGAUGCGCUCGUGUUUGUGAAGAAAGGAUAUACAGUCUGGUUGUGUUUUCUUCUGUGGUCACUGUAUGUUUUACAGUGUCUUUUCAUUAAAUACGACUGAACACAUUUAA